ACAGCCUCCCCGCCGUAUCACAGCUGCAAACGCUAGCCUUCCAACGCAACCUCAAAUUUAUACGGAGCAUAUCCUAUCCUAAGAUCACUAGAAGACACGCAGUUGUUCCCACGAUCGAUCGACAAAUCAGCUACAAUCAUGCCGACAGAAAUCUCUGCCCCGCUGCACUUUCGCACCCUCCUCAACGCCCACACAUAUCUCAUCGCAGACUUCUACGCGACAUGGUGUCCACCAUGCAAACAAAUCGCGCCAAUAUACGACCAACUCUCCACCUCGUACUCUGCUGCUGGGAAAUUCGCGUUCGUAAAAGUCAACGUGGAUGAGCAAAGAGAAAUCGCCGCACAGCAUGGCGUUACUGCCAUGCCAACCUUCCUAGUCUUUAAGGAUGGAAAGAAGGUUGAGGAGAUUAGAGGCGCAGAUCCGAGGAAGCUGAAGGCUGCCGUGGAGAAGGCUUCGGAGGCGCUGAAAAGCGCACAGACUACGCUACCUGCGAAGCCAAAGCAGGCUGAUGAGCCCAAGGUAGCGGACGAGAAGAAGCAGGAUUGGGAUGAGAAGACUGUUAGUGGGGGUUAUGGGAUGACUGGAGGGAAUGAAUGGAAGAUGUCGCUGCAUUAGAGAUGUCGGGUUGUGUAUUGCUCGUUUAUGGCGCGGAUUGAUGGAGUUAACGGGAUUUCGAUACCCUGAAUUCAUGUCUUUUUCAAAUACGCGUUCUGCCACAUUCAUUGAUGUUACUCUUACAUGUUACUUCGAUUUGUGAUCAACAUUUUCGUCCUUUAUUGGUCCUGCAGUAAUGCUAAUUUUGCGCUGAUGGAAGCAACAAUCCUGAGCGCUACGUCAUUGGUCUGUUGUGGACACGUUCACGACUAGCGCUAAGUCU